UCAAAAGAAAAGAGAAAAAAGAGAGAGAAGGAGGAAUAACGAAGAUGUCCUCCACUUACGGCAAAGUCGACGAGUGUGAACACGUAAUGCUCGAAGCUCGUCGUAAGACGAGGAAGAGAAUUGCAAUCAUUGCUGUAUCACUAAUAGUUCUUGCCAUAAUCGUGGUCGGAGCCGUGUUGGGAACCAUGGCUCAUAAGAAGUCAUCAGAGACAGUGGAGAUCAAGAACAACGGAGACUCAAUCUCCGCAUCCAUUAAAGCCGUUUGCGACGUUACGUUGCACAAAGACAAAUGUAUGGAAACCUUUCGAUCAGCUCCAAACGCGAGCAGUCUCAAUCCAGAAGAGCUCUUCAAAUUCGCAGUCAAAAUCACAAUCGCCGAAGUUUCAAAAGCUCUCAACGCAUUCUCUUCCUCCAACGAUGAAAAGAGCAACAUCACCAUGGAUGCAUGCGCUGAGCUUCUUGACCUAACGAUAGAUAACCUCAACAACACGUUAACGUCAUCAUCAAACGGUGACGUAACGGUACCUGAGCUAGUCGAUGACCUCCGUACAUGGCUGAGCUCGGCCGAGACGUAUCAAGAGACGUGCGUGGAAACGUUGUCUCCAGAUAUGAAGCCGUUCGGAGAAAGUCAUCUCAAGAACUCAACAGAGAUGACGAGUAACGCCUUAGCGAUCAUCACAUGGCUCGGAAAGAUCGCUGACUCGUUCACACUCCGAAGGCGUCUGUUGACAACCGCUGACGUGGAGGUGGGUUUCCACGUGGGUAGGAGAUUGUUGCAGAGCACGGAUUUGAAGAAAGUGGCGCACAUCGUGGUGGCGAAGGAUGGUUCGGGGAAGUACAGAACCAUAAGUAGAGCUCUAAAGGAUGUGCCUGAGAAGAGUGAGAAGAGGACGAUUAUAUAUGUGAAGAAAGGAGUUUAUUUUGAGAAUGUGAGGGUCGAGAAGAAGAUGUGGAACGUUGUGGUGGUCGGAGAUGGAGAAAGCAAGAGUAUUGUCUCUGGUAGACUCAAUGUCAUUGAUGGAACUCCCACUUUUAAGACCGCAACAUUCGCUGUGUUUGGAAAAGGGUUCAUGGCAAGAGACAUGGGCUUCAUCAACACAGCCGGUCCAUCCAAACACCAAGCCGUAGCUCUAAUGGUAAGCGCAGAUCUCGCUGCCUUAUACCGUUGCACAAUGAACGCAUACCAAGACACGCUCUACGUGCAUGCACAACGCCAAUUCUACCGUGACUGCACCAUCAUUGGAACAGUCGAUUUCAUCUUCGGUAACUCAGCUGCAGUUCUCCAAAACUGCCGGAUCCUCCCUCGCCGGCCAAUGAAAGGACAACAAAUCACAAUCACGGCUCAGGGACUGUUACUCUUAUUCCCUUGUAAAAUUGUUUGA